AUGAGUGGCACACGAUGUCUGUACAACUAUAGCAGGGCAACCCUUUAUAGGGUCUUCGUCUCGCCCUUUGAGAAGGUGGAAGCCUUGGCCCGACGAAGCGCCCUUGCCCAUCCCGCCCCCAGAACACUACCGCCAGUAUUGUCGCCGCCGAUGCAGUCUUUCGCCCGUCACGCAGCCCUUAUUCACCGGCCCCGGAAGCCGAGCAGAUCGGCAGAACCAGAGCCGAAGGCUGCUCGAAGGCUCCCCUUCGACGAGAUGAUCCGCGACCGCCAAAUCUUGGUCGUUGACGAGGACAACAAGCUGACGGGCCCGCACAACACCUCUCGGGUGCUCCAGUCGCUCGACCUGGACACGCAGAGCCUGCGGAUGGUCUCGCGGCCACCGCCGAACCCGACAGGGGACCAGCCACGGUACGCCAUCUGCCGCGUCAUCGACAAGCGCCUCGAGAAAGAGCGCGAGAAAGAGCAGGAGAAGGCCAAGAAAGAGACUGCGCGCAGGCUGGCGCGGAUCAAGGAGCUCGAGCUCAACUGGGCCAUCGCGUCGCACGACCUCGGCCAUAAAAUGAGGCAGCUGAAGGGCUUCCUGGAGAAGGGCUACAAGGUCGACGUGAUCUUCGCCAAGAAGAGGGGUAGCAGGGUGGCCACACUUGACGAGGCGGAGGCGCUUGUGAAGGCGGUGCGGGACGUCGUUGCCGAAGUCCGGGGUGCGAAAGAGUGGAAGGAGGCGGAGGGACAGCCGCCCAAGGUGAUGAGGCUAUACCUGGAGGCGCCACCAUCGGCGAAAGCUCCUUCCAAGUCUUCUGCCGUCAAUUCAGAGCCUUCGGAGAACUGA